AGAAGUAGGCAAAGAGAAAAAUAAGUUGCUGCUUUAAGAAAGAGAGAUAGAGAGUUGGAGAGCCGUGGUUUUGGAUCACUGAGCUGUUAUUCUUUUUUUUCCCUUUCUCUCACUCCCCUCCUCUGUUUUGCACGGACUCCUAAUUUGGGAUUUGUUUAAAAGCGUGACUGCGCCUGUAAGGAAGACUUUUCCUUGCUGGGGAAAGGGAACCCUGCUCCCUCUCUCUUGCAUUAAAUACACACUCACAUAAACUGUGGCGCUCCCAAAAUGUCUGAUUCCACUGUCAACGCUCACUUGGAAGGGAUCAUAUCAGACUUUGAAGCCCUGAAACGGUCAUUUGAGGUGGAGGAGACAGAUUCAACCACGCACCCCUCUCCUCUGUCCCGCCGGACAGCCGCCAGCUCCCUCCGCUCAUCCACCUCCUCCACAUCCAGCCAACGGAGCUACGACCUGAGCUCCCGCAGCUCUGAUUACUCAUCCUCCUCUUCAAGAACAUCCCCCUCCGAGUCCUCCAAUCUCCGCUCUCCCAAUUCAGGCAUGAGGCGUAUUGAGUUAUCAGGGGGUCGCAACCCUGACACAGCUUCCUCCCGCCGCACAGAAAUCUCUAUUGAGGUCUCCUCCAAGCAGAUUGACAGCUCACCAAGUGCUGGCAUAGCCCGUUUUGGCCUCAAGCGGCCUGAGGUUAGCCUGAGUAGUCGAAGUACCCCUGUGGACAGCUCAUCCAACUCUGUCUCCACAAACCGGCGAGCAGAGCUUAGCAUGACACGGUCAAGUGAGCCCCCUGUUCCUCCUAGGAGGAUGGAUGCCCAGUUGACCUCAGCCCCUGCCUCAAGGAUUCCAGAGCUCCCGAGAAGAACAGAGCCUACAUCACCUGGCUUUAGCCCUGUAGAGGUGGCUGCGAGGAGGCCAGAGAUGCCUGUUUUCAGACAACCUGAGACUUUGGUUUCCAGUAGUAUAGUGGAGAACAACAGCAGCCAUCCACCUCCAGCACCGAGUGCUCCUCUGCCUUCCUUGGCAGAGCCGAGGGUGGAGAGAGUGCAGUCACCUGUUGCAGAACCUGCCAUGGCAAGACCAACCGAUGGGCCGGAGGUGAGUCCGAGCUACGUCAGCAGCGUCAUGUCUGAGGCGGCGGUGCUGGAUACGAUGGUGUACCCAGGAGUGGGCGGUCUGUACGGAGACAAGGCUGGUGGACCUGCAGUGGACUUCAGUUAUGUGGGCAUUGAUGCUAUUCUGGAGCAGAUGAGGAGAAAGGCCAUGAAGCAAGGUUUUGAGCUCAACAUCAUGGUUGUAGGACAGAGUGGCCUGGGUAAGUCAACUCUGAUGAACACACUGUUCAAGUCUAAAGUCAGCCGUAAAUCUGUGCUGGCCAUGGCCCAGGAGAAGAUCCCCAAAACGGUCGAGAUCAAGUCCAUCAGUCAUGACAUCGAGGAGAAGGGAGUGAGAAUGAAGCUGACGGUUAUCGACACGCCAGGCUUCGGAGACCAGAUCAACAAUGAGAACUGUUGGCAACCCAUCAUGAAGUUCAUUAAUGACCAGUACGAGGUGUACCUGCAGGAGGAAAUUAACAUUAACAGGAAAAAGAGGAUUCCAGACUCCAGAGUCCACUGCUGCAUAUACUUCAUCCCUCCAACUGGACACUGUCUGCGGCCUCUUGAUGUAGAAUUCAUGAGACGUCUCAGUAAAGUGGUCAACAUUGUUCCCGUCAUCGCCAAAGCAGAUACCCUCACCCUGGAAGAGAGAGACUUCUUCAAACAGAAGAUCAGGGAAGAGCUGCGAGCCAACGGGAUCGACGUCUACCCACAGAAGGAAUUCGAUGAAGACUCGGAGGACAGAAUGAUCAAUGAGAAGAUCAGGGAGAUGAUCCCUUUUGCUGUGGUUGGCAGCGACCAGGAGUACCAGGUCAAUGGCCGGAGGCUGUUGGGCAGGAAAACCAAGUGGGGGACCAUUGAAGUUGAAAAUAUUGCCCACUGUGAGUUUGCCUAUUUACGGGAUCUUCUCAUCAGGACCCACAUGCAGAACAUCAAGGACAUCACCAGCAGCAUCCACUAUGAAAUGUACCGUGUGAGGCGCCUCAACGAGAACAACACAGUAAUGGCUCACGCCAAUGGUAUUUCCGAACGUCAUCUUAGUGCCCACGAGAUGUAGACCCCACCCACCCCUGCCGUUAAGGUCUGCCCCUGUACAUUACGCUGUGACACUCUGAUGGUCACCGACAUGCUUCCCCACUCCUCCAGCCUCACGUGCCGAGCCUGCCAGAGAGACUGAAUUUUAAGUGACUUUUAAGUGACUGGUCAUGUCAGAUUAUCGCAUCGUUAACAAACACUAUCCUCUCACUGUUGGUGACAACGAGUGAACAGAAGUUAGAUUCUUCUUGGCGUGCUGCAGGUUGUUUUUACCCUGUUUCUGGUCUUACAGUUGUGCCAAAGGUUUGGUAUUUGCCAAAGAGCACUGACUGACACUCCAAAUGUUCCCAUCAGAACUAUGAUCUGACUUUUCUGCCUCUGAAUCCCAUUCAUAAACUUGGGCCAAUGCUGUGCACCAUUUCAGUAAUAGUGCUUUCUCUUCCUCCCCCAUCUGUAACCUCGGUGUGUGCAACUAAUGAGAAUCAUUAAGGUAAUUUUGUUUUUUAAAACGAUGGUUUCCAAACAGUUGUUCUGCUCCCCCAUAAGGUGGUUGUGAGAUGAGCAGGGGGGAAAAAUUCUGUUUAGACGUUGAUGGUAUCCUAACUUUGUUGUCUUGUGGAUUAUUGUAUAAUUCCUUUUUUUUUUUUCUUUUUCAAAAGAAACAAUGAAAAAAAUUAUCCCAUUUACUCUAUAAACUCAUAAUCUGCGAUGACGAGCCACACUUGAACUUCAAUUAAUGGGUCAAUAGCCACAAACACAGCAAUCACUGAUGCCAGCGUUUUAUAAAUAACAGCAAGUAAUAAAUGUUCAGAGGAUCAGUUUUAUCUGGCUGAUACCUGAUCUAUGCAAUUAAUCCACUAUCGGCACUGAUCCCGAUCCAGCUGGAUCAAUGCAUCCCUGGGGAGAGCUGCCUUAAUUGCUUGUGUGCUUGUUGCGUCAUUUGUUUGUUAGCUCUGUUUAUAUGACACACGUCCAUCAGUGUGUGUUGUCCAGCUCAUCAUCAGCGAGUGAAGAACCAAUCAGUACGCCCAAUUUACACAAAAACAGAGUUGUCAAAGUAACACUAUGUUUGCGUUUAGCUUCCAGUCACAAGCAGGGCUUUGCUUUAACUGCUUAUUUGUGGGGUUUUUCUUCUGUUUUUAACUUUCCAGUAAUAAAUGUCUGUUUAUUACUAGAAAUAUCUUAGAGUGAUUUAAGAUGAGUAUUUAUGCACGUUACAAAAUGUGUUUAUUGCGGUCCAGUUAUUCAGAAUAUCAACAAACAGACGUGUUUUCCCCGCUUUGGGGCCUUUCAGAGUGCCUUAUUUAUUGGCGAUUGUUUGCAAGAAUGUUGGUAUAAACUGCAGAGCGUGCAGUUCUGUUAGUGCCAAGUAAACAAUUUUAAUAACUUACCCAUUACAAAAAAGUAGCAUCAGAAAUAUUUCUUCACCAAACCGUGUUUCCUUUAAUAAAGAUUAUGGAACCAUUUGCAAUUUCUCUCGAGCUGCCGCUGUCUUGUAUAUUCCUCUGUGUUCUGAUCCAGUUUUUUUUUGUACUUUUAUUACUGAUGAUACCAAGUUUUUCCUUUGUCUUAUUUUAAAGAAAUAAAGGUGUAAAAUUCUAAG